AACAAUAUGCGCCUGGAAGCCGAGAUUCACCAGGCACUCGGCGAACAUGCUUCGAUUCCAGGAUUGAUCAACUGGGAUCCGUUGACCUGUUGCCUGACAUUGGAAUAUCUGGAGCAUGGAAACCUUCGGGAAUAUGUCAGGAGUAAUUCCGAAGCCCUGACACCCAGCCUGCGCCACAAAUUGGCGGGGCAAGCCGCUGCUGGUCUCCGCAUUCUUCAUAAUGCUCAUGUUAUCCACUGCGAUAUUUCCCCACGGAACAUCUGACUAGAUCGUUUGGACUUGAAGAUCUCGGAUUUUGCUGGCUCUUCGUUGCGCGGUCACUCUCAUCCGCAUAUGCGAACACGCGCUAUCGCCAUCCCAAGCACAGAUGGGACGACCCUCCCCAUUACCAAGAUGACAUAUUUGGGCUGGGGUCAUCGAUCUACUCUAUUAUGACCAACCAGUACCCCUAUGAGGAGGUACCGACGAUGGUGAGGCGAAAUAUGGAAGUUUACGAUUUCCGGAUGUCAGCAGCAUCGCAUGCGGUACUAUUAUUCAACGGUGUCGGCACCAGGAAGUGACUGCGGCUCGGUUUUAUGAUUUCUUUGAACAGCGAUCUCCCUAGAAACCAAA